GAAGCGGCGCCAGGCGGCGGCGGCCGGGCGGGAGCCUGAGCCCCGGAGUCCCCGGGACCCCCGGCACCCCCCGCGACCCCCGGACACAGCCCAGGACAUGGUGCAGGGUGAAGAGCACAAUUGAAGACGCUGCCACCACUCACUCCACAGCCUGUCCCACCCUCCUGAGGACUCCAUGAGGCAGGACACGGGCUGAUGCUCUCACCCCACCAUGGAUGGGGGGAACAGCUUCCCACAGCACCAGCAGCCGGGCGAUGCCGUCCGCGGCGUCCCCGGCCUCCGCUCCCAGCUCGCCGUGCCCAAUGUGGAGAAUUCCAUGCUGGCCGCCGACUCGUGGAGUAGCUGCUACCCAGUCCCUUUCCCAACCUCAUCUUUCCCAAGUGAAAACCAGCAAUAUUUUAGCCCCCCUCAGGAUUUUUAUAUGGAUUCCAUCAGCAGACCACAUUUCUUGGAUACAAACUAUGCAGCUGUGGACCCCACUGACUUCUUACCAAAAAAUGGGGAUUUUCCUCAGGAUUCUUCAUACCUCAAUGAGCUCUCUAACAACAACUCCCUGUUCUCAUCCCCUGCGGAUUCCCUCUCGGACAUCGUGGAUGCCAAGGACUUCCUGCCCGCCGACAGCCUGAGCCACGUGCCAACGCUGUGGGAUGUGAACACACCUCAGCAGAACCAGAUCGAGCUGUUCUCACCCAGCACACCAUUCCCUGGCCUGAACAGCUCCAGUGACCACGUUCCUGCUGUCCCCAGCACCCCACUCCUCAUCAGCUACCAGUCUCAGGCUCCUGCAGAGGAGGAAGAUGAAGGUGAGGAGGAGGAAACAGAAGAGUUGGGGCAGACGGAGACGUAUGCAGAAUAUAUCCCUUCAAAGUCCAAGAUUGGGAAGCACCAUCCUGACCUGGUGGUUGAGACGAGCACCCUGUCCAGUGUCCCCCCCCCUGACAUUACCUACAGCCUUUCCCUGCCCAGCUCCGUGGCUGACAAAGGCUCCCUGUCUGCACUACAGCUGGAAGCCAUCAUCUACGCCUGCCAGCAACAUGAAGUUUUAUUGCCCAACGGGCAGCGAGCUGGGUUUCUGAUCGGGGACGGUGCUGGAGUCGGGAAGGGCAGGACUGUUGCAGGCAUCAUCUUUGAAAAUUAUCUUAAAGGGAGGAAAAAAGCUCUGUGGUUCAGCGUCUCCAAUGAUCUCAAGUACGAUGCUGAGAGAGACCUGAAGGACAUCGAGGCCUCCCACAUUCCUGUGCAUGCUCUGAACAAGAUUAAAUAUGGUGACACAGCUACCUCAGAAGGAGUCCUCUUUGCCACCUACUCGGCGCUGAUCGGUGAAAGCCAGGCCGGGGGACAGCACAGGACGCGCUUAAAACAGAUUUUGGAGUGGUGCAGGGAAAACUUUGAGGGAGUUAUUGUGUUUGAUGAAUGCCACAAAGCCAAAAACGCCAGCUCUACCAAAAUGGGCAAAGCAGUGCUGGACCUGCAGAACAAGCUGCCUCGAGCAAGGGUUGUCUAUGCCAGUGCCACAGGUGCCUCAGAGCCAAAAAACAUGAUUUACAUGAGCCGCCUGGGGAUCUGGGGGGAGGGAACCCCGUUCCGAGCCUUCGAUGAGUUCCUGCACGCCAUUGAGAAGAGGGGAGUUGGCGCGAUGGAGAUCGUGGCCAUGGACAUGAAGGUCAGUGGGAUGUACAUUGCUCGGCAGCUCAGCUUCACUGGGGUGACCUUCAGGAUUGAGGAGAUCCCUCUGGAUGAGAAGUACAAGGCUGUCUACGACAAGGCAGCCAAGCUGUGGGCAGAGGCCUUGAUGGUGUUCCAGCAGGCAGCUGACUGCAUCGGCCUGGAGUCUCGCAAGUCCCUGUGGGGUCAGUUCUGGUCGGCUCACCAGCGCUUCUUCAAGUACCUGUGCAUCGCCGCCAAGGUGCGGCGCCUCGUGGAGCUGGCCCGGGAGGAGCUGGCCAGGGACAAGUGCAUUGUCAUCGGCCUGCAGUCCACGGGGGAGGCUCGCACCAGGGAGGUCCUGGACGAGAACGAUGGGCACCUCAACUGCUUUGUCUCUGCUGCAGAAGGCGUCUUUCUAUCACUAAUUCAGAAGCACUUUCCUUCAAACAAAAGAAAGAGAGAAAAAGGAACUGGCAUUAAAAGAAAACGGCGUCCCAGGGGCCGCUGCCCCAAGGCUCUGCGGGGUCCCUGUGACCAAGGGGUUGUCAUCAAGAUCAGCGAUGACAGCAGCACCGACUCGGACAUGGGGCUGGACAGCGACCUCACCUCGUCCCCAGAGUCCCUGUUGGAGACAGAUGAUGUCAUCUUCGUGGAUCACACCUUCAGCGAGGACAGGGGUGGUUUCCACAUGCUGCCUUCCCAGAAAGAGCUGCACGGCCUGAGAGAGCUGAAGGUCGAAAAGAUGAAACAGGACCUCCUAGCAAAAGUGAAAGCACUGGGCAAAGAGCUACCUCUCAACACCUUGGAUCAACUGAUUGAUUAUUUUGGGGGCCCAGAGAAUGUAGCUGAGAUGACAGGCAGGAAGGGACGGGUGGUUCGCAGGCCCGACGGCUCCGUCGUGUUCGAGUCGCGCGCCGAGCAAGGGCUCUCCAUAGACCACGUCAACCUGAAGGAGAAGGAGCGUUUCAUGCAGGGGGAAAAGCUCGUGGCGAUAAUCUCAGAGGCCUCCAGCUCAGGGAUCUCCCUCCAAGCAGACAGACGGGUGAAGAACCAGAAGCGCCGGGUGCACAUGACCCUGGAGCUGCCCUGGAGUGCAGACCGGGCCAUCCAGCAGUUUGGCCGAACACAUCGAUCCAACCAGGUCUCUGCUCCCGAGUACGUGUUCCUCAUCUCAGAGCUGGCAGGGGAGAGGAGGUUUGCAUCCAUCGUGGCAAAACGCCUGGAGAGCCUGGGUGCCUUAACUCACGGGGACCGACGGGCCACCGAGUCCCGAGACCUCAGCAAGUACAACUUCGAGAACAAGUACGGGGCCAAAGCCCUGGACAAGGUCCUGUCCACGAUCCUCAACCACUCAGAGAGCAGGGUUCCUGUGCCCAGGAGCUACGAGAGAGGGGAAGACAACUUUUUCCGUGAAAUGAAGCAAGGGCUCAUCUCUGUGGGCAUCUGCUGCAGCCAGAUGAAGUAUGGCACUGUCUCCGUGGAGAAGGACUGCUCCAUCACCAAAUUCCUGAACCGCAUCCUGGGCCUGGAGGUGGACAAGCAGAACAUGCUCUUCCAGUAUUUUUCUGACACCUUUGACUACCUGAUUGAGAAGGACAAGAAGGAGGGCAAAUAUGACAUGGGCAUCCUUGAUUUAGCCCCAGGAGUGGAUGAGAUCUACGAGGAGAGCAAGGAGGUUUUCCUGACCCCAGGGCACCCGCAGGACGGGCAGGUUGUGUUCUACAAGAUCAGCGUUGACAGAGGCUUAAAGUGGGAGGAAGCCUAUGAGAAGUCGCUCAAACUGACAGGAACCUAUGAUGGGUUCUACCUCUCCUACAAGGUGCGAGGCAACAAAUACACCUGUCUGCUGGCAGAGCAGUGCCGUGGGAAGAACUUCAUCCUCUACAAGCCAAAUAUUGGGAAGCAAAGCCAGCUUGAGAGCCUGGACAGUCUGCAGAAGAAGUACAGACAGGUGCUGCCUGAGGAGGCCAAGGAGCACUGGGAGAACAGCUACCACUUCUCCUUGAAGAACUGUAACCACGCAGUGUGGAACAAGAGCUGCAAGCUGAUCCAGGAGGGGAAGGAAUGCUUCCAGGGCAUGCGCCUGAGGCACUAUUACAUGCUGUGUGGGGCCCUGCUGCGCGUGUGGAGCAGGAUCGCCGGCGUCAUGGCAGACAUCACCAGCAGCAGCUACCUGCAGAUCGUGCGCCUCAAGACCAAGGAGAAGAAGAAACAAGUUGGGAUAAAGAUCCCCGAGAGCUGCGUGCACAGGGUGCGGGAGGAGCUGAAGCAGAUGGACGAGGACGUGAAGAGGAAGCAGAGCCGGCUGCUCCAGGCCCAGGAGCAGAGCUCACCCUUCUCCCUGCCACUGAACCUCCUGCCAGUGCCCGGGCUGCCCCUGCCCUCCCUGUGCCAGGACGAGAUCCUGGACUUGACCUACAGCCCUCCCAGCAACAGCAUUCCUGACUUGGUGUUGAACCCCGAGACCAGAGCGCUCUGCUUCUCCUCGGAGCCCCCCGUGCAGCCCCAGCAGCCCCCCCAGCAGCAGCACAGGUUGUCCUUUGGCUUUGGCCACGCUCCUGGCCUGGAGGGCAGCACAGCCCCCGGCCCCUCACUGCACGAGCCCCCUGUCCUGCCCCCCCCAGCCCCCCUGCAGCAGCCACAGGAGGAUUUUCUCCAGCAAGACGGGAAUAUCAAUUUUAGAGAGAUCCUGGAGGACAUGCUGAGGACGUUGAACGAGCCCUCCCAGGAGAACAUGCUCCCUGCAGAGCGCCAGAGCGUGAUCCAGUUCACUGGGCCUUUCUCAGGCUUCUGAGUGCCAGCUGGGAAUGCUGCUGUGGAUCUGUGUUCUCUGGUGCAGAGGUGAGAGCUGAGGAGCCCAGACUUUUCUACUGGUUUGGACUGACUCUGCUCUGGUUUUGAGGGAAGAAAGAGCCUGGAGUUCCUCAAAGUGAAUUUUAUUUAUAUCUAAUAUCUAGUCAGGCAUGUGCAGGUGUGUAUGGAACGUGCCCAGGGGGGGCUGAGCAGGUCCUGCUGGGCUGAGGGGCUCUGCUGGGUUGAGUCCUGCUCACAGGUCAGUGCUCAGGUGGAUUGAGGGGAGACCCCUCCUGUGCCCACCCCCUGCAGACUACUGAGUGUCCGAGCCUUCUCCAGCCCAGGAGGGUCAUGGCCAGGCUCUGGAAUGACCACAUGCUGGUCAGUUAGGGAAGAAUGGGAGUUCAGCCCCCAGCUUGGGCUGCCCCAGCGCUGCUGCAGACCCUGGGGCUGUGCUGGCAGGCUGGGAUGAAGGGGAAGGGAAUGUUGUCCCAGAGGAGCUGGGAGAUGCUGAGCUCAGAUGUCCUCUGGCAGGGCUGAGCGGGUGUAGUGUGAGAUCCAAAACUGUUUGUGCUGCCCUUGCCAGGAAGGGACCUUGAGCUGCCUGAGCUGGCUGCACCCCACAGACAGAGCUGGAGUCUGUCAGAGCUCAGCCACGCCAGGAUCAGCAGGAUUCUCCAGAGCAGAAGGGACACAUGUCCCUUUGUCCUGCACUUUAACCUCACCAGGUCGCCGUGACCAGAUGUGCUUUGGCCAGUUUCCUGCUGUCACAUGUUGUCCCUUCACCUGGACAUCUCGCUGGUCCUGCCACUGCCCUGGUCCAGGGGUCUGGGUCAGGGCAGCCCAGCCGGGUUGUGCAGCGUCAUUGUCACUGCUGGGGUGUGUAGUAUCUUUGCACUGACCAGGAUGUGCAGAGUGACUGUUCAGGGUGUGCAGUGUCAGUGUCACUGUCUGAAAUAUGCAGUGUUAUUGUCACUGCCCAGGAUGUGCAGUGUCAGUGUCACUGGUCAGGGUGUGCAGUGUCACUGUCACCACCCGGGAUUUGCAGUUUGGCUGCUCCUGCUGCAACCUCCCCCUCGGAUACCAAAGAACAAAGGCUGCUUUGCAAAGCACUGCCCCACCCCCUGCUGCCUCCACGCCAGGACAGAGGGCAUCAAAGCCUUUCCCAAAAGUGGCACCAGGAUGAUUUCAGGCAAGAGCCUGGGCCCUUCCCCAGAGAGCCCUUGGGGAAGGGGGCACUCUAUGCCCUAACAGGGCAGUUUUGAGGGGGCUGGAGCUUCACAGUGCCUGGUGGUGUCACCCCCAUGUCCCCCCAGGGCUCAGGGGCUGGCCCAGUGCCCGUUUGGUGCUGGGAAUUGCUCUGGGUCUGUGUCCAGGUGUUGUGCUCUGGCUGUGGCAGGAGCUGACCCCCAACACCCAAGGUCACAGACCUGCCCUGGUGUCACGCACAGGUGGGCUCAGUUUGAGGCUACUCUGGUCCCUGAAUUUCGUUUUGGGGGGCCUGUCCUUACCCCCCUCCCUAGCUUAGCACCAGCCCAGGCUCAAUCCCUGCAGUCGGGGCCACAUUUCACCUCCUUACCUCAACGUGAUCACCAAAGAUGGGGGAGCCCCCUGUGCCCCCCAAAGCCCUGCUGCUGCCCCGGGGGCUCCUGCUCUCCCCCAGCUCUGCUUCUCUCCACCCCAGCAGCCUUUCCCCGGGCCAGGCAGAGCCAGGCUGCCCCUCUCCACACCCUCCCCCUAUUUAAAGCACUGCUCGCUUGGGGCCGAAUUCCCAACAAUGAGGGAAAAGGACGCCGGGAAAACCCAGCUCAAAGAGGUUUAAACUCAGGAAUAGCGAGGGGGAAUUCCCUGCUGGGCACCCUCUGCUGUCACCGGAGCCUUACCUGGUGGCUUUGACCUUAACUUUUAAAUAUAUGCAAUCUUCCCUCCCUGGUCUCUGGAAAGACAGAGACCACCUGCAAGGAAUCCCUUUCCUGCCCCAAUCCCAUGUUUUGUCAGGGUUAAUAAUAUGUAAUGUUACCUUUUAACUAAAUUAUUCUGCAGUUGUCCUACUGAUUGUAUUUUUAAUGAGUCCCUGUUUUCUUCCCUGACACCUUUGUGUUGGCACUUUUUAAUCUGCUUGUUGUUUGCCCUUGUUUCUAUGUAUAUUUAUAAUUAAGUUGUACAUAUGUAAAGAGAUUUUUUUAGAGUAUGUGCCUUGGACUAAUAAUUUCUGAAUUUUC